CUGCUCUUUAUUCGUGUUUAUUGGUUUGGGUUUUGACCCGUUGGUUGUUGAGUCGCAGAGAGACAGUUAAGCGAUUCGAUGGCGUUGGGCAUAACCGCCGUUCCCUUCACAUACGUGGUUCACGUCCUUGGUCUGGUUGCCAUCAUCUUGGUCCUCGUCUGGAACAUUCACUUCAGGGGUGGCUUGGCCUGGGACGCCGAUAACAAGAACCUCAUCUUCAAUCUCCAUCCUGUUCUUAUGAUACUUGGCUUGAUAUUUCUUGGUGGUGAAGCUAUCAUAAGUUACAAAUCUCUUCCUUUGAAGAAGGAAGUGAAGAAAGUGAUACACCUUACUCUCCAUGCAAUUGCAUUAGCACUUGGAAUAUUUGGAAUCUGUGCUGCUUUCAAGAAUCAUAAUGAAAGUGGGAUUGCCAAUCUCUACAGCUUGCAUUCAUGGCUUGGAAUUGCGGUUAUUUCCCUCUAUGGCAUUCAGUGGCUAUAUGGGUUUGUGAUCUUCUUCUUCCCUGGUGGAACUCCGGCCAUUAGACGCGAAUCACUACCUUGGCAUGUUCUAUUUGGACUAUUCGUGUAUGUAUUGGCUAUUGGCACUGCUUCUCUUGGGUUUUUGGAGAAACUCACUUUCUUGGAGAACUCAGGAUUGGCAAAAUAUGGCUCUGAGGCAUUACUUGUCAACUUCACUGCUGUGAUCACAAUCUUAUUUGGUGCUUUUGUUGUAUUAUCUGCUUUAUCUGAUGCUCCACCUGCAGAAGAUGACUAUGCACCCAUUUAGAUUUGUCUUCCACGUCAUAUUUUUUUUAUGUUUGUUAUCAGUGUGUGCUGGGAUUGGGAAAAAGGAAAUAAUAUCUAUUUGUAUUAUGGACAUAGCUUGUAAUUAAUCCUCAAUGUUGUGCUCUAUGUCAUGAAAAAUCAGUCUACCUUGUAAUUUUUUUAGUUUAUUUUCACUUCUUGCUGAUUUGUAAGUGAAAAUAUUAAAUUGUGGACAUAUAUUCGAUAUAUUAGAUGUACCAAAAAAUAUUCAAUGUAUUAGGAGAA